GUGAAUGUGGAAGCACAUUAAAUCACUGGCCCCUCAAUGCACUAGACUGCAAGAACAAAAAAAAAAUCAGGCUGCACACAGAUGGUGUUCACAGACAUCAGCCGACUGUGCUAAUGACAAAAGUUUGACCACCUUCAAAUGUGACUGAUAUAAAUGAAUUUUGACAUGUAUUAAGGAGGAUCAAUGUCAAACAGAAACACAUGUUAAUAACCAAGGUGUAGAUGGGCAGGGAGCAGAGGGAGUGCAUCCAUCCAAAAACUUCAGAGCUUAAUUGCAGUAAAAGUGUGUCUAGAUUGAAAAAGCUGUCAUACUGGUGAGUGUAUGUGUGUGUGAGAGAACGAGAGAUCAGAGAUCGCUGGCAGGCGGGCCUGUUUGAGAGGCCCCAGAGCCACAGUGCCUUAUAUGGUGCAGAGAAGUGUGUGUUUCUCUUUCAGUUUCCUGCCAGCAUCAUAGACCCGACCAACCAAUCCUGAUUAGAUAACAACCCUCUCUAACACGCAUACAUGCACAGGCUUCCAAGGAAAUUCAUGAUAAGGAGACCUGCAAAUAGAGUGCAUGGAGAAAAGCUUUAGGCUUUCAAAGUAGAGAAACUACUUUAGGCUUAUUGAACAAAUCAUUGUAGAUCCUGAUGUUUCAGCCAGUCCAAUAAUGAGCUUUGACCGUGAAAUUCUGUGCAUCUGCUGACGGUCUGAUGGGAAACUUUGUGCUGGCUACUUUGAUGUAGUGUCCAUCUAUGGAAUCUGGUUCUAUGAUAAAGAGGACUGUCAGCGUAUAGCAGAACUCAUGAAGAAUUUGGCAGGGCAGGAACAGCAGUUACAGGCGCAAAUUGCUACUGGCUGUCUCUCUCCGAGAUCAGCAGAGCAGGGUGUGGAUAUAAUGCAGAUGCUCACUAAAGCACGAAACGACUAUGACAAGGGAAAACUCAGUGAGCCAAAGGAAAUUGGCAGUGGUGGGAUCAUCUACGGUCAAACCCCCCAUCUGAUCAAACCCAUUCCCCUCAAACCAGCACAGGACACACACAUUCAGGCACACACUCAGCAUGAUGCUGAGAUGGACUCAAAACAUCUGUCAGUUGUCACACUGUUUGGUGCUCAGCCAAAACCAGACUUGGGCUCAACACAGCCCAGCUUAUCUGUUGGCAGGAUGGGCCCAGCAAGGUCUUCAGUGGCCCGCUCUCUGUCUUAUGAUGACCCUUCUCCAGCAGGUGGUGCUGUGGUGUCCAGCACCCCCAUGCAGCACUGUCCAGCCAUCCACAAGCUCAUGUCUGGUUCACUGCUGCAGCCUCUAUCUGAAUCCCCAGAGAGCCGCCUGUGUGAAAACGGAGCAGUCCAGAUCCAGCCUGACCCAAUACAAAAACUGUUAAUGAACCCUCCUCCUGUGGCAGGGACUACAGUGAUGCCCUCCAUCCAAUUAAAGCAGGGGGAAGUUGGCAUGGGGCCCCAAAUCCACUCCAUGGCGAAGCCCUCGGGGCCCUUUCCAGCACAGCAUCUGUUUGUCCCAAAUAAAGUGCCCUCUGCUGGAGUAACAAGUAAUGUGGUUUCACCUCAUGAGCUUCUACAGAAGCUCACAUUAGUGCAGCAGGAGCAAGAGCUGCAUCCUCAACAGGAGGUCCUACAGCCAGGUCUGACCACCAGCAGCUCCAAUCUCAGCAAAACCAAUCUGACACAGGUGAUGUCACCACAGCGUAUCCCAGCGACUGUAGCCCCCACCCUCCUUCUUUCCCCCAGUGUGUUUGCUCAAACUAAAGUAACAAGAGCAGAUCCAGAACCAGUUGAAUCAAGAGCACUUAGCAAGUCUCAGCUACAGGCCACAUUGCUCCAUCUCAUCAAGAAUGAUGCUUCAUUCCUUGACACCAUCUAUGAAGCAUAUAUCUCCCGUCUCACAACAGACUCCAGCUCAAAACCUUUUUGAAGCAGGAAAACCACCUGAACCAUAUACAUGUAGCUUUCACUCUCUGAACACAUAUCUGCAUACCAUCUCAGGACCACCCUGCUGUUUCGAGUGUAGCAUCUAAUGAGUUGAACUUCCACAAAAUAAUCUAAUCUGAAUGAUAAAUGCCACAUCACCUUUGAAUUUUACAUUAUUUUUUCACGAGCUGCAAUCUUAAGCAUCUUAAUAUUUUAACAAAGGAGAAUUGCAUAAUGGGUUUUAUGUUUACUUUUUAGAUAAUGACAGGAAAUGUGCUGUCUGUUCAAAUCAGAGCGUAAAGACUUUUAAUGAAGGCAUUUUUACUUUUGCAUAUCUGAAAUACACCCCCGAAAGAAACUCAAAAACAGAACUUGGCCUCAAAUAUAAUAGGAAUAACAUGAUGAAUGGCAUGACAAUUCAUGUAAAUCUUGGUCUGUACCAAAUGACAGGAAAUCACCCUCAUCAUUUUACAAGCCAGCAGGAAUAGUUUUCAUGUUAGUCAACUCUUUAAAAUGUUUAAAUGUACAAACAAAAGUGUACAUAUAUAUAUUCUAUUUUUCUAUGGUGUUAUUUUUGUUCUUAUAUCAACAUGCUGGAAUGUUUAUAAGUUCCUUUAAAAAAUCUUAAACCUUAAAAUUAAGACCAAGAGUGUUUUCCAGUCAGCAGGUCAGGAUUAAAACCAAUUAAAAGUUAUUCUAUUUGUUUUACAUAAUUAAAAUAUUAUCCCACACCCCA